AUGCAAGUUUAUAGAGACGCACAGCAGUUCCUACUUCCUUCACAAAAGAAGGGAUCGUUACAAACUCGUAUAUUUGAGACAUGCAAGAACUCAAAAUUUAUCAAAUCCAAUCCAAAACACUUAUAUGCGUUGGUUUCUUCGACUCUAAAGUACAAACCAUUUAUUCUAAAAAUAAUGAAGAAGACAAAAAUAAUGGAAGUUGAAAAAAAAGCUAAAAUUCCAGAGCCAGUUAUGAUAUUAAUGAUCCAUGAUUUGCUAUUUUCCAAAUCUAAACGUAUUCAAAGUAAGCAACAUGCAUGGAAGGAUGCCAUUAUUAGAAACAAGCCUAGGCUUGAAUCCGAACUAGCAAGAAUGAAGAUCAAACAUGGCGUAAAAUCUUUAGAAGAACUUAUCGAGGAUGACGAUACUCCAAUAAGAUGGUUUCGUACAAAUAUUAUCAAGACCAAUACUGAAUCAUUAUUAAGAGAAUUCAAGCACUUGAAAAAAGUCAACUCAAUUUCCGAAAUAGAAGCACCAGGUGUUAUAUAUUUUGAUAAAUAUAUACCUAACUUAUUUGGAAUUCAUCCGAAAGAAAAACUGACAUCAACAGAUGCUUACAAGCAAGGAAGAUUGAUUAUCCAAGAUCGUGCUUCAUGUUUCCCUGCACAAAUUUUGAAUCCAAUUCCUGGUGAGGAUAAAGUAAUAGAUGCUUGUGCUGCCCCUGGUAAUAAAACCACACAUCUAGCGUGUAUUUUACAGAAUUCAAAAAGGUCAAUCGUGGCGUUUGAAAAGGAUAAUAAACGUGUUAAAAUUCUAAGGACAAUGUGUGAAAAAGCCGGCGGCUUAGAUUGUAUUACAAUCCAUCAUGCAGAUUUUACGACUACGAGGCCGGGGGAUUUCCCUGAAAUCACGGGCAUGGUUGUUGAUCCUUCUUGUUCAGGAAGUGGUAUUUUUGGACGUGCAUUUGAUGAACAGGAAGAAAUAAGUGAAGAGGAGGCAAGGGAAAAACUUGUUGAGAGACUGGAAAAAUUGAGUGCAUUUCAAUUCAAGAUUGUCAAGCAUGCGUUGAGUUUCCCCAAUGUAAGAAAAGUUGUAUAUAGUACCUGCUCAAUCCACGAUGAGGAAAAUGAGGGCGUUGUCAAAAGACUCAUCGAAGAUGAAGAUGUUCAAAAGCAAGGUUGGAAAGUUAGUAAACAAGCUGACGUUUUGCCAACUUGGCCUAGAAGAGGGCACUCUGAGGUGUUUGAAGGCCAUCAGGACAAGGAAGAGUUAGCAGCAGGUUGUGUGAGAUCCUUGCCUAAAGUAGACGGUGGUAUCGGAUUUUUUGCCGUUUGUUUUGAGAGAGGAGAACAACCAAUAUAUAAACAACCUUCAUUUGAAUAUUGUGGUGAUAAGGAACUGACGGGAAAUUGCGCAGAUGACUACAUAGGCAAUGUUGGAGACAACGACGAUGAUGGUCAAAAAUGGACUGGUAUUGAAGACUAA